CCCCGGUCUGUCAAGAGGUUCAAUUCACCAAAUUUAUUCAGAUUACAAAAUGCAUGUCUAUCGCGGUCCAUUUAAGUUCCAGGUUGAACCUUAUACAGACUACUACAACCAAUUUUCAAGCCAGGAGCGCAACAUUGGGGAGGAUAUUCAUUCCACGGGGCCAUCUCUUGAGAGCAACGAAGACGAAGAAUUCUGGUGGAUGUUUGCGGCAUUGUUCGUCGUCAUCUGUUUCCUCAUUUUACUCUUUGGACUUUCACUGCAGCUUCUAGCCAGGGCUAUUCUCAGGCACAAUCAGAAUUUAAUGCUCAAGCAGAAUAUGGAGGAUUAUUUCUCCACACCUCGGAAUUCCAAAACUCAAUUGAUCAGAUCUCUUUCUUCCACCUUUCCUGCAACAGAAGAUGACGUUCAGCAACUAGUUCAAACCUGCCAUUGCCACGGUCUCAAGAUAUCCGUAUGAAAAGUACAGAAGAAGUUUCCUUAAGAAGCAAUUUUAUAUAAAAAUUUACAUCUUUUACAAUUAUAUGCAUUUACGCGA